CUGAUAUGAUCGUAAUUGAUUGAAAUGUAGAUAGAUUUUAUCAUGAUGUAGAAGCUUCUAAUUUAUUUAUCUAACACAUACGUUGACAAAUAAUAAACAUAUUCGAUACUUUGUUUUACAAGGAUGAUUGAUCUCUUAUGAAGUAUGUAGCGAGUAAAGGCUGAUUAAGCCGACUGUUUUUGAGUCACAAUCGUUUUCUGAAAUGUUUGUUCUUAGAAAUUUGGAAAGAAGAUGAUUAAAAUUGUCGGAUAUUAAAAUCAUCUUUAUACUACGUGUUUUAAUUAUAAUAAAAUUUUCAAGAAAUUAACUGUUUUUAUCCUAUGAGAUAAUUAAAUAACAUGAUGCUUGACAGUGUAAAAUGAUUACUUUCAAAUGAACCAUUUCGUUAUUUAGUGAAACCACAUGUCUUAGAAGUUGAUUACUGUCUGUACAAUCAUCGAAACGUUUGGUUCUCGUUGUUAGUAGAAAAAAAUGCAAUUUUCAUAACUGUAGAAUUGAACAACGAUGUUUUUCAAUCGUUAAAUAUGAUGAAGUUUAGCACAUUGCUAUAGAAUCGUCUUACUCAGUUACCUUUCCAAUCUUUUUAAAACUUAGUUAAUAUCUAGUCCUUUUUUAUUUAGAGCCUGGCCUUACUUUUUCUGACAAUGUAUUAAUAUUAUCAUUGGUAUUACCAUCUCGAUCUGAAACAUGUCGUUUUUAUCUCAAUUUACAUACCGCAACUGUAGGUCAUUUAAUCGAUGAAAUCAAAAAUGAAGAUCAUGGAGUUGAACAAGUUCAACUGUUCCAUGAAAAUGGUCAAAUAUUAUCAAAAUCAUUUUCGGUCGAAGCACUUAUGCGUAUGAAAUUUACUAUAUGUCUAAAUAAACAACGAACAUAUCUAUUUGAUCCGAUAGCAAAUUUGAAAAAUGUUCGACCAAAAUCGUUCGGAUGGAGUAAGAAUGAAAGUGAUGAUAAAGCACAAAUGACUAGUACAAAUGAUACAGUAGCUGCUCUGUAUCAUGCAAUUAAUGUUGUAAAAUUGUAUAAUGAAAAACAACUACAACUCAAAGAUGAAUUAGAACAAUUGAAUAAACAAUUAGCACCACUAGAGAUUAUUAAAGGAAAAUUGGCCUCUAUUUCUCAACGAUUUACAAGUCGAUGUGUGUGGUAUGGCUUAGCAGGAAUGGCAUUUCAAGUAGGAAUGUUAGCUCAUCUUACGUGGGUGGAUUAUUCCUGGGAUAUUGUUGAACCAAUUUCUUAUUUUAUUGCAUUUUCUACAUCAAUGAGUUUAUACGCCGUUUAUCUACUAACUCGUUCUGAUUUUGAAUACUUACAUCUAACCGAUCGUUUAUUUUUGAGAAAAUUUUACCGUGAAUCGAAAAAAGUUCAAUUUGAUGUAGCGUAUUAUAAUCAAUUGAAAAAUCGUUUUCAUGCAGUAAAUACUGAUUUAGCUCGAUUAAGAGCGCCAUUAGAUUUAUCAUUACCAGCACCGCCACAGCCUUUUAGAUCAAAAAUCAGUGGUGAAGAGAUUAAUCCCAUCAAUUACUAUGCGACACAACGUUGA